GGUAUAUGGUGACAACGUCAGGUUUACAGAUACGAAGCUAUAUCUAAAAUAUACAGCGAAGGGCUUUCACCACGUUUUGAGUCCUCGGACGGUGUAGAACGCCGAUUAGACAGGGCAACGACAAAGGAAGGUGCAGAUGGUCUGUCGGAUACCCAUGCAUGGCGAAAACUCAAUAGACUAGAGCGAGACGACGAGACGGUAGACUAUGUAAGUAGUGUUCCUUGGCAAUUUUGGCGCGCUUUCCAUAUCAUUAAUAUGCACACAGGGGACUCACGGGUUGUAUUUGUCAGACGGAUCUGUAAAUUGGCCCGAGAGUGUAUGGCAUAUAAAUAGGGGCACAGUUAGGCAGCGUUCCCAUGCUUGACCUCGCCCGCACAACACACUCAGCUUCUACCAGUCUAUCAUAUUAUUUACAUCAGUUCUUUUCAAUGGCCGAAGUAGCCCGGAAAGUAUCUUCUCAAGAUUCACAAGAGUCCGUGUCGAGUGCUCGAAGACAAAUGGACAAAGAUUGGCCUCUACAGGAACUAGCAAAGGCUUGCGAAAUCUCGAGUUCUUUCGGAAGUUCUACUGGCUUUCAGCAGUCAGACUCACAAGAAUCAUUCUCUGACCCUCCCCUGGGCCACCAGAGGCCUUUGUAUCAGAGAGGCGACGAGGACGAGCCCAGUCAGCCUUCAUAUACAAAACUGAGAGAGAAACCUAGAGACGACCUACAAAAUGAGGAAGACGCAUCUAUAUGCGACGAUAGCGACAAGGAAAACACACCACCGAAAGCGGGAUACAAAAGUGCGACAUUUCAUGAUAAGCUUCGGGGGACUUCGAAAUGCGAGACUGGUGAUAAUAGCGUCGGCCGCUGUGUCACCAUGAGCGUCACUUUGUCAACUCCUCGGAUUACUUUCAAUGUCGACUUGAAAGUAUUGGUCGAACUCCGAAAGGACAACAGACAAGGUCGAGGCAGCAAGCGAGACAGUAGAUCAGGCCGGGUCUCCAAAAGAAGAACCAGGGCCUCAAGAACCUACACUGGAGGGAGAGGUGACAAGAGCGAUAGCAGUGGUCAUUCUUGAGGAUGGUAGAAGUUGCUACCGAUGUGGUUGAACGACGUGGAUAUCGUGAUGGUAUGGCCGUUCAAGUUUCAUUCGAAUGAAGUUAUCAAGUGUUCUUUCAUGGUCGCGAAACUAGUGCGAUAUUGAGUGACUUCACAGGCACAAUGUCUUAACCGAAAAAUAGAAUAUCAAAGCCUGGCAAGAUUUCCAGUGCGAUGGCAAGCAUCAUCCUUUCAGAUAGAAAUACAAUGUCGCC